AAGAGGAGAAGGAACAGGAGGAGAAGGAACAGUGUCUCCUCACAUGGACGCUCCUGUUGGUGCUGGGCAACAAAACUCCUUCCAAGAUCCUGAAGAAAUGGAGCACAGUAUGAGCUCGCCUGAUGUCACAUUUGCACACCCAAAGACACACCUGGAGAUGUUAUUGGAAGAUAUGGGGUUGGACCAUUAUUACAGAGACAAACUAACACUCAACAGAAUGCUUCAGAUUGAUGAGAAGACCAUCACUGAUGAACAACCUGCCAUGUCCAAAACAGACCUUGCGUGGCAUUUUCUAAAGAAAUUGAUGAUGGUUAAUGUGUCAGCAAGGAAUGUGAAUUGUACAUUUGCAAGUGAGUCAAACUGUGAGGCGGCAUCUGAGGUUACACAGUUUGAUUUUGAUGAUAAUGCUAUUUUUGAUGAGCAAAGUUCAAACAUGCUAAACCCCCUUGACUUAAUCACUGCUCUCUUUCUAUGCUCUGAUGGUUUUGUGCAGCAGGAAAUGACUCUCAAGAUGUCUAUGUGUCAGUUCUCUGUGCCUCUGCUGCUUCCUAAUAGUGACACACAGCAGUGUACACUUAUGCUGUGGGCCAUGAGAGACAUUGUUAAGAAGUACAGACCUCAGUCUCUCUCAGACUCCAAGGGCUUCAUUGAAGAGAGAAUUGUUCUUUCUGAACUUCCCAUGGUUUCUUUUGUGAGACUGGGUGAGUGCACCUUGUCUAAGUCUGAGAUCCUCAACAAGCUCCUGAGCAAUUCUCACCAAUACCACGACACUUUUGUUCACCACAACAUGGAGGGUGGAGACAGUCCAAGAAGAAUAUCCAAUGGACUGACUGAAAUUACUUGGUAUCUUCCUGGAGGAAACAAUAACAUGGACAUUUUCAGUGAGCCUGUGGCUGUUGCUAACCUUCGUGGGGACAUUGCUUCAUUUAAAACCCAAUAUUCAUUUCUGUGUCACACAUCUGCAGCAGUUUUUGUCUUCUUUGACAAUUUAGACUCUGGGUGCAAUCUGCUGACGAACCGAACUGGCAAGGCACAGAUCUUCUUGGUGGGUAACCACAAUGGGAAAAACUUCAGCUUAGAGGCUCUAAGAAAGGUAGCAGCUCAGUUGGGCUUGACUAAGAACAACAUCAUUCUUAAGACAAAACAGAAAAAUUAUGCAGACUUUGUCAAAAGUUUGAGGAAGGCAGUCAGUGAUGUAGUUGAGAAUUCACAAACGAAGAUGCGAAUAGAGCAGAUGGCUGACAUUGCCCAUGAACUUGGGAUUUUGGUUGAUGAAGAUGCUUCAGAGUGCAAGAAUGGAAAGAAAAAUGCAGAUGCUAUCACUGAAGAAAUCCAAGAUUUCUGA